CCCAGUUGCAGGUAUCCUUUCCAAAGGAUCCCUCCCGUCUUCUCAUCUGAUACUCAAUCUCUGGAUUUGAAACCUUUACUCCACUGCACUUACCAUGGCCGUUUCAGUCCUCUCCAACUUUGGAUUUAUCCGCUCUUCGAAUGUCUUUCUCCUGAUGUUGACUGGUUUGAGCAUGAGCAGUCCUAUCAGGUCCCCUGAGAACAGUCACAGGGUAUCAGUCAGGAUGGGUGAUAAUCCGCUACUUGAUGCUCAGGUCUUUCUGAGUCAGUUUCUCUCCACGAUGAACCUGACCGAGCUGAGGCCCCAGCCCAGGCCUCUGCCUGCCCGCAGGGAGCCCCCGGAGUACAUGCUGGAGCUGUACGACCGCUUUGCCAACGACCGCACGGCUGUUCCCUCAGCCAACGUCGUGCGCAGUUUCAAGAAUGAAGAUUCCUCCCCCUACAGCAUAACAACAAGGGGUGUACGGAUACAUCCCCUGCUGUUCAACAUCUCCAUGCACCACCAUGAGCACAUAACCAUAGCUGAGCUCCGCCUUUUCACCCUGUUCCUGAAGGCCCAAAGACCAAAUGCCGGCAUUGACUGCAAGGUGACCAUUUACAAAAUACACGAGAGCGUUGUUUGGACUAAAGAGGUGGGGAAAGAAGGGAGAAGGAGGGAUAAAGAAGAGGUGGUGGAGAUGAAGGAUUUUGAGGAACUGGUGACAAAGCAUUUUCGUGCCAAAGAUAAGAGCUGGGUGUCGUUUGACCUGACUCAUGCGGUUGCACUCUGGCGGAAGUCGUUGGGGUUUGCUACUCACAGUCUGGAGGUACAUAUUGCAUGUCUUGGGUCAGAAGAGGAAGGGGUCACUCAAGAGGUCACGGAGCAGGACGAGAGAUUGGUUGGGGUUGAUAUCGACAGGAGUUUGGAGGGGAAACACAAUGCGGUGAUGAUUGUAUUCUCAGAUGAUCAAAUCGGAGAUCGCAAGCAGGAUAAACAAGAGCUCAACCAGAUGAUCGAACAUGAGAAUGACCUUCCUGAUAAUGUAGGCCGAAGCCAACCAGAUUUCUGGGGGAACCACAAUGCCGGCCACGCUAUUCAGGACGAGCUGGACACACAGUCUCUCAUGCAACUGCAGUCCAACCUUAUCUAUGACACACCUCCCCGAAUCCGUCGCAAUGUUAAGAGCGAGCCAUGCAAGAGGACCCCACUCUUUGUGGAUUUUAAAGACAUUGGCUGGGACACGUGGAUCAUCCAGCCUGUGGGCUAUGAGGCGUAUGAGUGCAAAGGCGUGUGCAACCCCCCUAUGACCUCCGAGGUCUCGCCUACCAAACAUGCCAUAGUGCAGACACUGCUGAGUGUUAAGAGUCCGAAGAGGGCAUCGCGUGCCUGCUGUGUACCCACUAAGUUGGAGCCAAUUUCACUCCUUUAUCACGAUAACGGAGUGAUCACUUUCAACCACAAGUAUGAGGGAAUGGUGGUGGCAGAGUGUGGCUGUAGAUAGUCUUGGAAACAUUUACACAGAGAGAGAGAGACUGCACCAAUGUUUCAACCAUCAUCUCAGAAACACAUCUAUUCAUCUAUUUAUAUUCCUUAUCAUGUGCUUGUUUCCACAGUAUUUAAGAUCUCUACAGUGGUGUGCAAAAACACAACUCUAGACAUAUAGUUGUAUAUUAGGGACGGACACAAAUCUGUGCUAAAUGAUGUACAUUUUUAAUUGUAUAAAGGUUAUUAUUAUUAUAUUAAUGUAGAAUAUAAAGCUUUUGUCAUGAUUUAAUAUAUUAUUUGCUGUUUUUUGUAUUUUAGAAUGCUUUUGGAUAAUACCACAUUACAGUGUAAAUCACAGGCCAUAUUCCUGCAAAUACUACUGUAUGUUAUCGGCCGCAUCUGACACUGCAAGAGACUAAAGAAGAUAAGAAAAGAAAGAAGGUUCUGGGAGUGGAUGUCUGAAUAUUCCGAUAAAUCCUGUUUGGAAACUCCAUGUCAUUAAUGGCGAGCUAGUCAAAAGGUUCAAUACUACAGCACUGUUAUCAGUUGCAAUAACAACCGUCUGAAUUGUUUGAAAGUAUGUGUGCAGGAUCCAAGAUCAAAAGAAUGUUUCAAGGUACUGAGUCUGACAAAAGUGAAGUUCGCGCCCCGGGUUAUAACAGUGCUUGAAAAGAAAAUACUUCUACACGCCAUCUUAUUGCAAUAUGUAAAUGCAGUAUCUUAUUAUCUGACAUCUUUUCAUCACAGACCUUUCUUUAUAAUAUCUACAGUACAUUUCGUUCUGGCAGGAAAUACAUCUAAUGCAGUCGUUGCUCCAGCAUAUUCAGUUUCAGAAUAAUUGAAAAAUCUUCAAUUCAGGAUAGCCCCCGGAUAACAAUGAUUUGCACUACUUAUAGGAUGCUGUAUGUUUUUGUUUUUGUAUGAAAAGUCUCUUAAAAUCAUUGCAUUGAAUCAUAGUGUUGGCUAUAUACUCAUUAAGAAGAUGGACUAUGGUACGUUGUAGCUGCUGAAAUUAUUUAAAGUAUGUGACAUUAUUCCCUUUAUUUGUUUGCCAUUAUAUCUAGCUUUUGACCAGGAGAUGACUUUCACAGUGUCUUGGAUUUCUUCUGGGAUUCCUGUCUGAAAAAUGAACAAUUUCUCUUACCUAACAUUUCUAUAAACUGCUGUGAAAUCUUUCCUCACACCGCAGCCAUUCAUAUUCUGCUUUUGGUUAUCACACCGAUAUUAUUGUUAUCAUAGUUGUAAAGAAUAAAAUUCUCAUUAAGCAAGUUUUGAUCUCUUGUACACCCUGUUUCAUUGUCAUGUAAUCACAGCAGUGAUUACAACCUUAAUCCCCAUAACUCUAGCGUCACAUGCCUGGCGGGCCUCUCGCUGCCCGCUCCAUGCCACAGUGAUAAGGAGGUGUCAGAGCCUGGAGUCUUGUAGACCGUCACUCAGGAUGAGACGCCACUCCAAGUGGCAGCAUUUGUGAGAAGGUGGUGUCAGAUUCCUGGUCUCCAACGCCAACAUGCUCUAUUGACAAUCCUGCCAUCAGGUUGCUCAGUGCCCUCUGAACCCCCCACUUCCUCUUUCUGACACGGGCAUGCUGACUCCCUUAUCGAGCCCCAGCAACAGUACAAAUGGAAAGAAAUACAUGUCACAUCAUCACCUUGCUUCUGCUGUUAACAGUCGGAAGCAGAUAACAUUGACGGAAUAACACUGUUGAACUUUCUGACAUAAUAGGAUGCUCA